GUACAGAAAUUUUGAUGUAAGGUAUUGAGGACUCAUAUGUUGUUCCGCCAAUUUUAUUAUCCAAAUUGGGAACAGAUAUUGGAAUUUGAGGUUUUGGUAGAUUGAUAAAAAAAGCAGAAUGAGGUAAACUAGUUAGUGUGAGUGUUGUUUAACCCCCACUAAACCCAGAACUAGGAAAAGGAGGUUUUUGAUGUUACUGAGUCAGUCUCACACAGACAUAUACACAAACACUUGGAGAGCGCCGGUACCCUGGGAGAAGAAGAACUCGUUGAUCCAUGACCACUAUGCUACCAAUCAAACAUGUGACCAAACACCGUCUCAGAUCCAAAUCGUUUGUCUUCUCCAUUGUCAACCCUUGCUCGUCUUCCCAUGCUGCAUGCGCUUCUCUCGCAGCAUCACCUUCUCCAUCAACGCCCUCAACUUCAAAUUCAUAUCAGAUCACGAAACAAGAAGUCGUGUCCUCCUUCAAGACGUGGUUCGCGACGCGAAAGGUCCAGCUAGACCCCCUCGUCGACCGCAUCUACCAACUCCUCAACGCCUCCGCCGACAACGAAGACUUAUUCCCCGCACUGUCCGCGCUCUCCCUCCCGCUCUCCGAGUGCCUCGUCCUCCGCGUCCUACGUUACUCCGCCACUCACCGCGACAUCAACUCCUGCCUCAGGUUCUUGGACUGGGCCGGCAGCCAACCGAACUUCCACCACACGCGCACCACCUUAGUUGCCAUCUUCAACAUCCUCGUACGCGCCGACCGCAAACCCGGUGUCCUCGAAUGCCUCGAUGGCUUCCGCCGCGGCGUCUUCCUCCACAACGCCCGUUUCCACGACAUCCUUGUCUUGGGCUAUGCUAUCGCCAGGAAGCCUCAAAACGCGCUCCAUGCGUACGCCCGAAUGCGCUUCAUCGGCUUGGACCUCGACUCCUUCUCCUAUCACGUCCUUUUAGACUCCCUCGCUGAGAAAAACUACUUUAACGCUUUUGACAUCAUUCUGAGGCAAAUUCGUGCCAGGGGUUUCGAGAAUCACGCUACCAAUAUCAUCGUUGUUAAGCAUUUGUGCAAAGAGAGAAGGUUGGAGGAGACUGAGGGUUUUCUCAACGAUUUGGUGCGUCGUGGGGAGGGGUUAAAAGGGCCUGAAGUGAGUUUUUUGGUUGGCGCUCUGUGUGAGUGUUUUAGGUUUGAGCGUGCGGUUGAGUUGGUUAAGCGAUUCGGGAGCUCGGGGUUGGUUCCAUUGGAUCAUGCUUAUGGGGCUUGGGUAAAGGGUCUUGUUCGAGGUGGUAGGGAGGAUGAAGCAUUGGAGUUUUUCUCUCAGAAGAAGGAUUCUGAAGGGUAUUGUAUGUCCUCUUCUAGGUAUGAUGUUUUGAUUUAUAGGCUUUUGCGGCAGAAUCGACUUCAACAAGUGUAUGAUUUGUUGGUGGAUAUGAAUGAAAGUUGCAUUCCCCCUGACGUGGCAACCAUGAAUGCUGUUUUGUGCUUUUUUUGCAAAGUGGGGAUGGCUGAUGUUGCGUGGGAGUUGUACAGUUCUCGUUCUGAGUUUGGUCUGUCUCUCAAUCACUUGGCAUGCAAGUAUUUGAUACUUACUUUGUGUUGGGAUGGAUGUGUUGUGGAGGCGUACAACGUUGUCAAAAGCUUGGUUGGCAAGAGUUAUUUUCCUGAUGAGCAGACAUUUCGCACGCUUGCGAGUGCAUUGUAUAGGGAGUGCAAGAUUGAUGAGAUGAAAGAGUUGAUUGAUCUUUCUGUCAGCCUGGAUAUUGUGCCUACUGCUUCAACGUAUGACCAGUACAUAUAUGCUCUGUGCCAGGCUGGGAGAGUGCAAGAUGUUAAUUUGGUACCUGGGGAACUUAAGACUGUUGCUGCCAGGGCUUCGUAUGUUAAGAUGAUUAACGGUUUUGUUAAGUUGGGCAGGGGAGAUAAUGCUGCUCAGCUUCUUUAUGAAAUGAAAUCGAAGGGUCAUAAGCUGAACUUUCCAUUGUGUACAACUGUAAUUUGCUGCUUACUUAAAAUGGAUAAUUCAAGAGGGCGCUUUUUCAAUUUACUGCAGAUGCUCACUCGCUGUGAAUCUCCUACUCGCUGUGAAUCUCCUUGUCGCAUUUAUAAUUUUUUCAUGGAAGGAGCUGGGCGUGCCCAGAAGCCUGACUUGUGUAGGGAAGUAUUUGAAUUGAUGAAAAGUAAUGGUGUUGAGCCCAACUUGAACUCUCGUGUUCUUGUGUUGCGAGGUUAUUUGCGCAGUGGGAGAAUUUCUGAUGCUCUGAGUUUUUUUAACGUUGUCCGGGGCCAGGGUUUGGAAUGCAAGAAGUUGUAUACUACCUUGGUUAAUGGUCUUUGCAAGUGCAAUAGGAUAGACAUGUCACUUGGGUUCUUUAAGAGCAUGUUCAGACUUGGAUUCAAUCCAAGUCUUGAAUGCUAUGAGGUUAUUGUGCAGGAGCUUUGCUCAUUGCAAAGAUAUCAGGACGCAAUACGUAUUGUUAACGCAUAUGAGAAAACGGGACGCCCUAUUAGUUCUUUUAUGGGCAAUCAACUGCUUCAACAUUCUUUGAUUUCACCAAAACUCCACGAUACAUGCGUUUAUUUAAGAGGAGUGGGAUUUUCUGCUAAUUCAACACUUAACUUGGUGAUUGGUGCCUUUUCCAGUUGUCGCAGAAUGACCAAUUUUUUGGACUUGGAACGACUAAUAGAGAAGUGCUUUCCGCCUGAUAUUUUCACCUACAAUCUGUUGCUGAAAGAAUUAACCAAGAGUGAUAUGAGCAAAGCUCGUUCGUUGAUUAGUCAGAUAUGUCAAAAGGGUUAUGAACCUGAUGGUUGGACAUAUCAAAUCAUGCUUGUUGAAGAUACUGAAGUAUUUAUGGAUGGAACUCUUGGUGGAAGUGCUAGUGGAGGAAAACUGAACACUUAUAAGGAGUUGUGUAACAUAGCGAAUGAGAUGGGACAACUGGACUUGAUAUAUAAGUUCAUGGAUUUAGCAAAUUAUCAAGCUUCUCUGAAUUCAAAGAGGGGUGCUGCUUUUGGCUUUUCUAAAAUAGCAAAACAAGCAGGGGAUGCUCUUAAGCCAUACUUACGUUCUUUACUUCCAAGGCUUGUACGCAACCAAUAUGAUCCUGACAAAAAUGUGCAGGCACGUACUUGAGUUGACUAUUGCAUUUUUUUCUGUCUAGGAUGCAAUGGUGCAUAUAUGGAAGUCACUCACUUGUGGAUGAUUAAAAAAAAACCAUUGAUGACAGUUUAGACAUCAUAAUUGCAGAUUUACUAGAACAGUGUGGAUCCAGGCUUUGGCUCUCACGUGAACCCAUUACUCAACACGAGUGAGUCCAGCGGAAGGAUGAGUGAAGAUGCAGCAGAAAAGAGAAGGAAAAACAGAUGAGCUAGGUGGAAGUGGAACUGGUGUAUGGCGUGGGAAAGGGAUAACCUAACUAGGGAAGGGGACUAGAGGAGACUGGGAACUCUCUCUGGCCAGUGACUCUCAAGAAAAAAAGGGCUGGAGUGAUCUCAAUAGAAUUUCUUAUUAAUCUCAUAAGUAUUUUACAGGUGUGGAAAGCAUUGCUUAUAUAGGGACGGAAAUCCCUCCCUAUGUUGCAGCCACGUGCCUAACAAUUUCCACUACUCAUGGAUCAAGUGCCACGUGAAAGUUUACGUUGUUUUACAAAUUAAGCAUGUGGAAAAAAGAAAGAAAAGCAGCAGCUUCUGGAUGCUGUAUGGUGCGUCGCUGGGCAUCUAGCAUAGGUCGCUGAGCUGUGUUGCUGAGUGGUGUGUUGCUGAGCGACCAAGAAAGAAUCUCUGAGCGGGCUUUGGCUGGUUGGUCUUUCCAAGUGAGGAUGUGAUUUAAUUGUCCACUCUCUCUUGACAUAUCCUCCUCCCGUCCUUCUUGAAUCCUUCAAGCCAUACUCCUAGUGAUAGGUCCAUUGGUUGGACCCAAGUCAUCCUAAGUGUUUCAUUGAAUUUUGAGUAGCCUCAUUAAAUACAACUUUCACCUAAAUAAAAUUUGAAUCUACGACAUUAUUAAUUAAAACUAAUCAAUUUAACUACUUUUAUUAGUCUUCUUGAAUUAUAUAUUUGUCUUAUAUAUAGAACAUGAGGUAAUAUUUUUUUUUUUUUAUGAAUUGGAUAUCCAUCCAUUGUGAUCCAUUAAAUAAUUAUUUAAAAAUCUAAUUCAUCCAUGUUUCAUUUGAUAAAUAUAUCUAAUCCAUUCAUUUUGCCAUCCCUAUCUACAAUUUGAGCACUGGUUGAUUUUGAUUAUCUAAAGCAUAUCAACAUGUCAUUCUUUUCUAUUUGUGCUUUUCUUUCAUCAUGCACCACCCAUAGGUUGGGAAGCAUUUAAAGAGAUUAUGGUCUGGAGCAUUUUGUGCAAUGGAUGAGAUAGAGGAAACUGUUAGAAUUUCUGGUGAAAAGCUAUACCGUAGUGUAGCUUCCUUGACAAUAAGGCCCUGUGAUGUUUCUGUAACUGAAAUGUCAGAUGCACACAAAGCAAUGGAUAUUGUUUUACCCUUUUUGUUCGCAGAAAGUUUACUAAGUAAAGUUUACAGUGUCCGCAGGGCACCGGUUGGUAUCCCAUUGCUUUUCAACUUAAUUCAUACACUCACUUUGCUUUGUUUUUCUUAACUUUCUUCCACCCGAUUGUAAAUUAAAUAUAUGUAAAUUUUGUAUAUUUACAUCUCAGUUGUUUGGUCAAAUCUUGUCAAACUUUGUAGGAUUGUAUAUGUUUACUUGGCUCUGGUGUAUAUAGAUGGAUUAUAACACAAGACUGCUUAAAUAUUAUUUUAUUCUCAUCAGAUAUGAUGUUGGUUGUUCCUUUUUUCUGCUUUGUUCAUUACCGAUGAUUUUUCAGGUGUGGUAUUUUUAAUAAUCUUAAUGAUGUUUUGGUUUUGGUACUACUUUCAGAGUUUGUUUAUUUCAAAAGUAUAACUUAUCCUUUUCUUGUGCUUAAAUUUUCAAACUUCUUUCCCAAAACCAAUCAAUUAGAAUACCAAGCGUUGUAGAAUUCAUUUCCCAGUAAGCAUGAUUUGUGCUAACCUGCACAUAUUGGAUUCACAGUUUUGGAUAUUUUUGUUGUCUGUUUUGGUGUUAGUUUUUAGUUUAUACGUUGUGCAGUUUCUGGUUAUGCUUUGACUAUGUUUAUCUGAUUCUGAUUAUGUAAGAAGAAUAAUGAUUGAUUGUUAUGAAGGGAUAACAUAGUGCUAUUAUUCCAUUAAGUUAUGCUGCUGUUAAAUCUGAGUGCCUUAUUGUUAUUGUCUUGUCUUAGCAUGCUGGAACUGCAAUCUGUCCACAUAUGUCUGAUUUAGUUUGCUGCAUGCUUGAAAGUUUAUGAAGCCUAGAAGAUCAAUCGCUCAAUUAUGUCCAGCUUCAUGCAGCAAAUGUAGUGAUACAGUCAGACAAGCUUGAAAGUUGGAGAGUUUCCAUAGCCAAAGGCUCUCCUAUGUGGGAGACUUUAGAUUCAUGCAUAAAAGAAGUUGAUGCAGAAUCAUUGAACAAAUUGAUCCCACGGCUUGCUCAUUUAGUUCGAUCUAGUGUGGGCCUCAAUACUAGCUCUGUUCUUAAGUUAUUAUCACAUAUUUCUUUUGCUU